GCGCCUCCCGCAGUAGCGGCUUCGCCCCGCUAGGGGGCAGCUCACUCCCUCCCCUCCGGCUCGAAGCUUUUCCUGCUCUCAGGUUUUCCUCCCCCCCCUCACUUGUGAUCUCCCCGAACUUUCAGCUGCCAUCGGCGGAGGCGACAUGGCAACCGACAAAUCCUGGAAAUCGUCGCGGGAAGGCCGCAGCUGAAGGUCGGCUCCGCUCAAUCGGAGAUGCGGUUAUUUUUCAGACUGUGUGCUGAGUGACGUCCGAUGAUAUUUCAGAAUAUUAAUGUUUGGAAGAUUUGAUUUGAUUCCAGUGGAAUCUCCAGGAAUUCCUUUUCCUCCUUUUGGUUUCUGUUUUUGCUUUUAAAAUUGUAACCAAUUAGAAUGCCCGUACAAGCUCCACAAUGGACGGAGUUUCUACUGUGCCCGAUCUGCACGCAGACCUUCGAGGAGACCAUCCGCAAGCCUAUCAGCCUGGGCUGCGGGCACACCGUCUGCAAGAUGUGCCUCAACAAGCUGCACCGCAAGGCGUGCCCCUUCGACCAGACCACCAUCAACACGGACAUCGAGCAGCUGCCCGUCAACUCGGCCUUGCUGCAGCUCGUCGGAGGCCAGGUCCCCAAGCAGCAAGUGAUCACCCUGCUGACUGGCGCCGAAGACACCAAACACUAUGAGGAGGCCAGGAAGUGUGUGGAGGAGCUCGCUCUCUACCUCAAACCCCUCAGCAGCACGCGAGGGGUCGGUUUGAACAGUACCACUCAGAGCGUGUUGAGCCGGCCGAUGCAGAGGAAGUUGGUGACGCUGGUUCACUGCCAGCUGGUGGAGGAGGAAGGGCGAAUCCGAGCGAUGCGGGCGGCCCGCUCCCUGGGCGAGAGGACGGUCACCGAGCUCAUUCUCCAGCACCAGAAUCCGCAGCAGCUCUCCUCCAACUUGUGGGCCGCCGUCCGUGCCAGGGGCUGCCAGUUUCUUGGGCCAGCAAUGCAAGAAGAAGCCCUGAAGCUGGUCCUGCUGGCGCUGGAGGAUGGCUCUGCCCUCUCGCGUAAGGUGCUCGUGCUGUUUGUCGUCCAGAGACUCGAGCCGCGCUUCCCGCAGGCCUCCAAGACCAGCAUUGGCCACGUGGUGCAGCUGCUUUAUCGAGCCUCCUGCUUUAAGGUGACCAAACGAGACGAGGACUCUUCGCUGAUGCAGCUGAAGGAGGAGUUCCGCACAUACGAGGCCCUACGGCGCGAGCACGACUCCCAGAUCGUUCAGAUUGCCAUGGAAGGGGGUCUGCGCAUCGCUCCUGACCAGUGGUCCUCCCUGCUGUACGGCGACCAGUCUCAUAAAUCGCACAUGCAGUCCAUCAUUGACAAGUUGCAGACGCCAGCUUCUUUUGCCCAAAGUGUCCAGGAGUUGACCAUCGCGCUGCAGCGGACUGGAGACCCCGCAAACCUCAACCGCUUAAGACCUCACCUCGAGCUGCUGGCAAACAUCGACCCCAGUCCUGAUGCACCUCCACCUCUGUGGGAGCAACUGGAAAAGGGGCUGGUGGCGGUCAAGACGGUGGUCCAUGGCUUGGUGGACUUCAUCCAGAAUCACAGCAAGAAGGGAGCUGACCAGCAGCAGCCUCCGCAGCACAGCAAGUACAAGACCUACAUGUGUCGCGACAUGAAGCAGAAGGGAGGCUGCCCUCGGGGUGCCAGCUGUACCUUUGCACAUUCUCAGGAAGAACUUGAAAAAUAUCGGAAGAUGAAUAAGCGCCUUGCUGCCCGGCGUACCCUCAGCCAGUCCCUCACUCAGCUCACUGACUUGGGCCUGCCUAACAGCUCUGGCCUGGUGGCAGAUGAAGGCGGCUUAGAGACCACUCUGCGGAAGCCCCCGUCCCUGACGAAUGGCAUUGUCCCCUCGCCUGGGAGCAGCAUGUCACAGCUCAUCUCUCGUGGAACAGAUUCAUCCUAUGAACCGGGCCUCAAGCCCCUGAGCAUCAGCGCUCCGGGAUCCCCACCUGACUCGCUCGAUCCUCUUCCCAAAGGCUCCCUCUCGGCCGUCCCCAUCAGCACACACAGCAUGUCUCAAGCUCGGAUCGCACCUGAGCACAGCGCCAUGUCAAAGCAGGUGCAGAUGGUAGCCAGAGGGUCUCAGCACUACGCCCAGCAAGCCGAGAUGUAUUACCCUGAGCAUCGGCCGCCCGCUCUUCCCAGCCCUUACGAGCACUCGCCUUACCAGCCAGGUGUGCCCUACCCGUACCCGUCUUCACAGUACGUGCAGCCCCGCUAUGCGAGGAGUGGGACCAGCGAACAGAACAUGCAGUACACGGACCCCUACGUUGGACCCUACCUCCCAGACAGGCAGUACCCCGGCCAGCCGACCCAGUACCCCCCGAUGGCCCAGCCAGUUUACUCGCCGGCCCACGAAAUGCGCCGCACCUUUCCUCAGCCUGCCUCUUUCCAGCGGGAGGAGAUCGUCCGGAUGAGCCCCGUACCUGUGGAGGUCCCGGCGCCCGCGGCGGUGUCGCCGUAUCUCUCAGAGGCCCGGGAGCGGUAUCCGCCGGAGGGGUACUGCCCCGUUGGCCCACACCCGAGUCAGAUGCGUUCCUAUCCCAGGGACUCGUAUGGCCGGGUGAGUCACGUGCAGCCAAGCCUGGACGAUUUGCAUCGCCGCCGCAAGGAGAUCAUGGCCCAGCUAGAGGAGCGCAAGGUGAUCUCUCCUCCGCCAUUUGCCCCGUCGCCCACGCUGCCUCACACCUUCCCUCAAGACUUCCCACAAGAGUACUUGGAAGAGAAGGCUCACGCAAAAUUCAAGGACAUGGACUACACGAGUCAGUACUCGCCCUGGUCGUGUGACACCAUCGGUUCCUACAUCAGCACAAAGGACGUCAAGGCGAAAGACGUGAUGGCUUCGGGCAGCGUGGACAUGAUGAAUGUAGACAGCAAGGCCUUGUGGGAUCAGCCAAUUGACCUACAGAGAAGAUCAGCGGACGUCAAAGACGACGACCCCAUAAUCCCUUUUGGAGCUCUGCCCACCGUCUCGCGAUUUGGAGUCAUCUCCCGCACGCCUCGGACGGCCUUCCAGACCGCGGGCCCCGUGCAGGCUCUGGCUUCUUCUCAAGGAGCCGCCACCAAACACAUCAGCGUUUCAGCUGACUAUCCUGCUUAUGGGCCUCAUGCCGGCUGGGGACCGACGUCCUACCCACAGCACCAGAACGUCACUUCUCAGGGACACUUCAGUGACAGAUUACCAAGACCCCCUCCGGACCGGGAGCAGCUGAAAAUGGAACUGCAGCAAGUGAACCAACAAAUCAACCAGCAGACUCAAAUCCGAGGGCUGGAGGCUGCUAAUAAUGCACUCCUGCUGCAAAGAGAGGCGAGCGCCCUGGCCACCCAGCCGCACCCAGCCAAGUGGGCUCCGGGACCACUGUCCAGCGAGCAGCUGAGCCUGGAGUUGCACCAGGUGGAGCGCGAGAUUGGCAAGAGAACUAGGGAGAUAGCCAUGGAAAGUCAGACGUCUCACGAAAUGCAGUUCAAGAUGAAGGUGGCGGAAAACGGGCAGCCGGAGCACAAGACCACCAUGGAGGACAUCGGCCUCUCUGUCAGCGAAGGACCCAACGGAUCGACGCUGAUGCCCGACGGCGGCUUGAGUUCUCUGACGGGCAAGACGGCCUCCAUGAGCCUGUCGGUGGACGCGGGGGGCGGCGUGGAGCUCCAGAAGAACGGCAUCCUGCACCCCUGCCCGUAGUGGCCGGUGAUGUGGGCACACAUUUUCUCCAGUAGGAGCGACUUAUUAUUUAUUUUGUACCUCUUCCUGGACGCAUCUCUCUGUUGAAGAGCACGAGGGGAUCGGACGCGGCCCGCCAGCGAGUCGGGCGCGUCGCCAUCGAGGUAAAGGCAGUCGGUAUUUUAUUUUGCAUCAAAACAGCCUAAUUUGGAUUUCCAAUUAAAGAUUCGUGACGUGUCCCUCGUUUUCAGGGACCCCCAUAUUUAAUUUAGCCGUUGUGUCUUUGUCCUGCCUUUAGGCCGAUGGCGGCGGCCCAGCGACUCGCCUCCCCGCCAACUAGAGAUAAGCAGUAUCUGCGGAAAUCGUAACAUUUGUGUUCCUUUUUGUUCUAUGAAUGAACUUUAUUUUAAAGAACUGGGGGUGCCCUGUGUUUCCAGGGCAGUAGGUGGCACACUGUCUUUGAUUGAGGAUGCGAUUCUAUUGAAAGAAAGAAAGAAGGAAAGAAAGAAAGAGAGAAAAAGGAGGAAAAAA